GGGUUUAAUGAGAUUUCCAAAUAAUAUGGAAGAUAUCAUGACAAAAAAUUUAUGUACAUUAAUAAGAUCACAAAAAAAAUUAAAAGAAUUUAAAUUAAUUAAUUCUAUAAAAUAUACAUCAUUAUUCAUUUCAUCAUUAUCAUCAAAUGAUUAUCUUAAAAAUUUAAUAUUAUUAAAUACAAAAAUUGAUGAAAUUGAUCCUUUAUGGAAAAUUUUAAAAAAUUCUUUUAAUUUGGAAAAUUUUAAAAUAAUUAAUUGUGUUGGAUUAAAUUAUGAUCUUAUCUUACCUUUUUAUAAUAAUAUUAUUAAUAAUAAUAAUUAUAAUUUUAAUAACGUUAAUAAUUUUAAGAAAUUAAAUUUAAUUAUAAUAGAAAAGAAUCAAUCUAUUGAUAUUAAUGAUGAAUUGAAUUUUUGGGUAAUUAGUAGAUGUAAAAAAGGUUUAAAUGAUUGUGGACUUUUGGAAAGUGGAAGAUU